AGACUGCCAAGACAGGUUCUUGAGAUCCUCUAGCAGCAAAACCAACUCGCACAAGAAGUUUACAAUGUCAAGCAAUGUUUCACAAUGCCACGUUGUUAAAGAAAUGGAACCUUUCACCUAUUUUUACUACUUGAUUUUUCUUAUGGGAUUUAUUGGAAGCUGUUUUGCACUAUGGGCAUUCACACAAAGAGAUCAGAAACAGAAGUGUAUGAGUAUCUACUUAAUUAACCUCUUAACAGCAGAUUUUUUGUUGACUUUGGCAUUGCCAGUAAAGAUUAUUGUUGACCUAGGAGUUGCGUCCUGGAAACUGAGAAUAUUUCACUGUCAAGUUACAGCCUGUUUCAUCUAUCUGAACAUGUAUUUAUCUAUUAUAUUUCUGGGAUUUGUGAGCAUGGACCGCUGCCUUCAGCUAAUGCACAGUUAUAAGAUCUACCGCAUUCAGGAGCCUGGAUUUGCCAAGAUGUUGUCUGCAGUCGUAUGGACAAUGGUUCUCCUUAUAACAGUACCUAACAUGGCUAUUCCAAUAAAAACCAUUGAAGAACAACCUGGUGCAGGAUGCAUUGAUUUCAAAACAAAAUUUGGAAGAGACUGGCAUGUGUUUACUAAUUUCAUAUGCACAGCGAUAUUCCUGAAUUUUUCAGCUGUGAUACUGAUUUCCAAUUUCCUUGUUGUUCGACAACUCUACCGGAACAAAUACAGUGAGAGUUACGCAAACGUGAGGAAAGCCCUCAUCAACAUACUGCUGGUAACUGCAGGCUACCUGCUGUGUUUUGUGCCGUAUCACAUUGUUCGUAUCCCCUAUACUUUGAGCCAAAGUGAUACCAAUACCAGCUGCUCUCAGAAACAAGCUCUCUUUAAAGCUAAAGAGUCUACGUUGCUGUUUGCCGUAUCAAACCUCUGUUUUGACCCUAUUCUGUACUACCAUCUUUCCAAAUCAUUCAGACUGAAAUUCACUGAAACUUUUGCCGCACCUAAAGAGACACAGGUUUUCACAGACGAAGAGGUACAACACAGAAGUGAGCAGCAGAUGCAAAAGUACCAAUUCUAAAAUACAUCAGAGGAGUGUUCAGAUCAGCAGUACAAACAGCGGUGGUGCAAUUGCAAGCAUGGUUAUCAUGGGCAACGACAUUCCUGCUGAAACACGAGCUCAAGCAGAAGGAAAAAAAACUUGAACCAUACCCACCACUUUGUUAUACAUUCACACAACAGGUCUGGACUAACAGAACCUCGAUAAAGCCCUUCAGAAACAGUUCAAGGUGCCAGUGAUGCCCUUCCAGGGAUCAGCAACACUUAAGAACAUAACAAAUCAGACAAACUCAAAUGUACCUUGUAAUUAUUUAUGGUAAAAACCCGAGCUCACCUUUUCCAAGUCAAGUAUUGUAGAGUUACUAUAUUAAACAACUUGGUGUAAUCGAAUGAAGAGAUUAAUUUAAAGCAGUUCUUCAGCUGCAAAGUUUUCAUACAUACACUUAACCCAAAACCAUUUUAGAGGGCAUUAUUUACUCCAGAAAGCGAUUUUAAGCUGCACUGAUUAAAAGUUAUUGUAUCUGUUUAUGUCAUACCUGCAGUUUUUAUAAAUAAAUUUCUUAU